AUGUAUUCAUUAGGUCCGAAUUCGCCUUUUGACAUCGCGGGCAGCCUCGCAGAUAAAAGGAAGGCCGAUGACUUGGCUGUCUUGUCUUUUGCCGAGGACGUGGUCGUUUCGAAACGACCCCGGCUUGAGACCGAAUUGGCAGGGGGGGAUAUAAGUUUCGAGGCAGAUAUGGAGUUGGACUCAAACUACCCGUCAGGGUGGUCAGAAAAGGAACUCCCAGAGUGCGUCAGGAUUUCCGACCGACCACGAGAGAUUUUGGACCUGUUAAACAGUUCCAACUUCGAGCAGCACUUGGAGUCUUUAAGGGAUUAUAAUCGCAUGCCAACGACUGUCCCUGGCCUUCAAACGAGACUCAAACUUUGGCAGGCAAGGGGUAAGGAAAAGCUGAAGGUGCUUGCACAAUUCAGCUUCAAGGGAGGGUUGUGGAAUUACGAUCAAAGGCCAACAACAGUCCCUGGCCUCCAAACGACACUCAGACUCUGGCAGGCAAGGGGCAAAGAAAAGUUGAAGGGCAUGCUUCCCCAUUGCGGAUUUAUCCUUAUCGUCUGUCGCAAGUCCUGCAUCGCGCAGUGGGUAGACGAGAUCAAGAAGCACUUCAAAAGGGAACAUCGCCCCUCCUACAUCGUGCUGAACUCCACAAAAUUUCCGGUGCGAGAGCUUUUGCAGUACGACAUCGUCAUCACGAGUCUCAAUUCACUCAGGUCACAGUACCAGAACUGUACUAGCUCUGAUGAUUACUAUGAAGUUGACCACGUAUCUGGAGUCAAGGAAGCUGACCGAGAAUUCCCUGCGCCACCGGAAGAAUUACAUUCGCCACUAUAUUCGACCCGCGCUGUCCGCCAUUUCACCUUUCUGCCAGCUGCCUCGCAGCUGACAACGGAAAACUUUUAG